UCCUUCCCUGGGUUCGGACAUUGGAGCACUAAAUGAACUUGAAUUGUGUCUGUGGCGAGCAGGAUGGUCGCUGUUACUUUGUGAUGAGAUCGGGGAUGAAUUGCUCGCUUUAAAAAUGCUGCUUUGGAUUCUGUUGCUGGAGACGUCUCUUUGUUUUGCCGCUGGAAACGUUACAGGGGACGUUUGUAAAGAGAAGAUCUGUUCCUGCAAUGAGAUAGAAGGGGACCUGCACGUAGACUGUGAAAAAAAGGGCUUUACAAGUCUGCAGCGUUUCACCGCCCCGACUUCCCAGUUUUACCAUCUAUUUCUGCAUGGUAAUUCCCUCACUCGACUUUUCCCUAAUGAGUUUGCUAACUUUUAUAAUGCGGUUAGUUUGCACAUGGAAAACAAUGGCUUGCAUGAAAUCGUUCCUGGGGCUUUUCUGGGGCUGCAGCUGGUGAAAAGGCUGCACAUCAACAACAACAAGAUCAAAUCUUUUCGAAAGCAGACUUUUCUGGGUCUGGACGAUCUGGAAUACCUCCAGGCCGAUUUUAAUUUAUUACGGGAUAUAGACCCGGGGGCCUUCCAGGACUUGAACAAGCUGGAGGUACUCAUUUUAAAUGACAAUCUCAUCAGCACCCUACCUGCCAACGUGUUCCAGUAUGUGCCCAUCACCCACCUCGACCUCCGGGGAAACAGGCUGAAAACGCUGCCCUAUGAGGAGGUCUUGGAGCAAAUCCCUGGCAUUGCUGAGAUCCUGCUAGAGGAUAACCCGUGGGACUGCACCUGUGAUCUCCUCUCCCUGAAAGAAUGGCUGGAAAACAUUCCCAAAAAUGCUCUGAUCGGCCGAGUUGUCUGUGAAGCCCCCACCAGACUGCAGGGGAAAGACCUCAAUGAAACCACAGAACAGGACUUGUGUCCUUUGAAAAACAGAGUGGAUUCCAGUCUCCCGGCGCCCCCUGCCCAAGAAGAGACCUUCGCUCCUGGACCCCUGCCAACUCCUUUCAAGACAAAUGGGCAAGAGGAUCAUGCCACCCCAGGGUCUGCUCCAAACGGAGGUACAAAGAUCCCAGGCAACUGGCAGAUCAAAAUAAGACCCACCGCUGCGAUAGCGACCGGCAGCGCCAGAAACAAGCCCCAAACCAAUGGCUUGCCUUGCCCUGGGGGCUGCAGCUGCGACCACAUCCCAGGGUCGGGUUUAAAGAUGAACUGCAACAACCGGAACGUGAGCAGCUUGGCUGAUUUGAAGCCCAAGCUUUCCAAUGUGCAGGAGCUUUUCCUUCGAGAUAACAAGAUACAUAGCAUCCGAAAAUCGCACUUUGUGGAUUACAAGAAUCUCAUUCUGUUAGACCUCGGCAACAACAACAUUGCCACCGUAGAGAACAACACUUUUAAGAACCUUUUGGACCUCAGGUGGCUGUAUAUGGAUAGCAAUUACCUGGACACUCUGUCCCGGGAGAAAUUCGCCGGGCUGCAAAACCUCGAGUAUCUGAACGUGGAGUACAAUGCAAUCCAGCUCAUCCUUCCUGGCACCUUCAAUGCCAUGCCCAAACUAAGGAUCCUCAUUCUCAACAACAACUUGCUGAGGUCCCUACCCGUGGACGUGUUCGCUGGGGUCUCGCUCUCUAAGCUCAGUCUGCACAACAAUUAUUUCAUGUACCUUCCAGUGGCAGGGGUACUGGACCAGUUAACCUCCAUCAUCCAGAUAGACCUGCACGGAAACCCUUGGGAGUGUUCCUGCACCAUUGUGCCUUUUAAGCAAUGGGCAGAACGCCUGGGUUCCGAAGUGCUGAUGAGCGACCUCAAGUGUGAGACGCCGGUGAACUUCUUUAGGAAGGAUUUCAUGCUCCUCUCCAAUGACGAGAUCUGCCCCCAGCUGUACGCGAGGAUCUCGCCCACGCUAACUUCGCACAGUAAAAACAGCACUGGGUUGGCGGAGACCGGGACGCACUCCAACUCCUAUCUAGACACCAGCAGGGUGUCCAUCUCGGUGUUGGUCCCGGGACUGCUGCUGGUGUUUGUCACCUCCGCCUUCACUGUAGUGGGCAUGCUCGUGUUUAUCCUGAGGAAUAGAAAACGAUCUAAGAGAAGGGACGCCAACUCCUCGGCGUCCGAAAUUAAUUCCCUACAGACAGUCUGUGACUCUUCCUACUGGCACAAUGGGCCUUACAACGCAGAUGGGGCCCACAGAGUAUAUGACUGUGGCUCCCACUCACUCUCAGACUAAGACCC